AUGGGACCGCUGCUUGGAUCUAGUCCCUUUUCCCGGUGGUUGAUCAUAGGAAGCCUCCUACUGGCCACUGUUGGCCUCCUCUGCUCGGUGGACGCAUCUCCAGAGUCUUCGAAAGGGAACGUAAGGAAAAGAGUCCUCCUCGAUCGGACGCCAGUCCUCCCGGAUAAGGUGCGGCUGUUAGCAGAGUGUGGAAGCGGACAGAACUGCACCCGUACCUGCCCGGAGAACUACGCCCUAGACAGUCGGCAACAAUACUGUCGUUCAAAGCGACAAGGAAGUUGCCCACCGGGUUAUGUACAACGUGCGGUUGGUGGCGGAUGUAUAUUGGAGGACAUCCAGUGUCCACCGGGAAGUACCCGCGAAGGUUCCCGAUGCGUUAUUCGUAGCUACAGCUGCCCGCCCGGCUAUGUUUCGAAGGGAACCAGCUGUGUCCGGGAAUCGAUCUGCCAGCCCGGGUAUCGUUGGGAGAAUGGACUUUGCUUUCCGGCUGGGGCGCGUAUCUUCUGCCCACCGGGUUACACCGAGCAACGUAGCGGGAACUGUGCACCGGCUGCCUGUGCCGAUUGUUGUGAUUGUCAGGACGAAACGGUGGCCACCAUUUGUCCACCAGGGUACAGCAACCAUUGGGGCCGUUGCGUGCGGCUGCUGCAAGCCUCACCGGACCUACGGAUCAGUUCGGUGAUGUACCGGUUACCAGUGGAGUGUCGUGCCACGGGAGAAACGUUCAACGAAGGCCGGUGUGAAGCGUGGAGUGUGGUCGGAAGACCGGCCUGUCGCUCGGGGCAUUUCUACAAUGGAUCCUGCGUGGAAGUCGCCCGGUGUCAGCGAGGUACUCUCAACAACGUGUGCUCGUGUGAGUUUGAACAACACUUGGCGGCCACUUGCCCGGUUGGAAAACUCCAGGAACAAGUGCCAGGAAGUUGCAUCGUCUCCAAAGCACACUGUAGGCCACCGGGCCGCUUGCGCAACGGGGUUUGUGUGCGGGAAAGCAAAGCACGAUCGACCUGUCCCGAGGGUGUCCCUUUCCAGCGAGAGUACUGCGCGAUUGAUGUGCCACGGUGCCCUCGAGGCUUCACGCUGGACGAUCAUGGCCUCUGCAAGAAGACGACCCCUUGCCGGAUGGAUUGUGGACCGUAUCAGAAGCACGGAAGUUGGUGUGGACUGACCGCCUCCUGUCCGGAAGGGUACAUCCUCAACGACCACGGAUACUGCGUGCGGGAAACGGUCCAUCCGGCCUACAGUUGCCCGCCGGGGACGAACGAGCACGGACCGGAAUGCAUCAGCGAGACACCACUGUGUCGCUCCAACUAUCACUACAAUCCGAACGUUAAUCUGUGUGUCCGAUGUGACGAACAAGCGAUCCAGUGUCCUCGCGGGAACCUCACGGGUGGUAGAUGUGAGUGGAAUGAGCCGGCAUGCCCGUCCGGUUACCAGUGGUCGGAGGGAAUGUGCAUAAAGAGUGGUGACGAUUACCGUAAGUAUCGCUGCCGGAAGGGUUACGAGUACGAGAACCUGUGCGUCCACGGAGAGCUAGCCUGUCCGAGUGGACACGAGCUACUGGGUGAGAGUUGCACCGUUAAGGAGGACGUUCACUGUCCAGAUGGGUCCUAUCCACUCGACGGUCGGUGUUCGGUGGCCAAGGAGUGUCCGGAACAUUUCCAGGCUGGGUCGGACGCCUGUAUACGUGAGGUACGUCGACUCAUCAAUGCCACACGACUCGUUUGCCCUGGCGGGUUCGAGUACGACGGGGAAGUGUGCAUAAGUCGGACGACAGUGGAGGCGUCGAUCACCCACCGGGAUGUCAUAUGUCCGGAGGGUUACGAACGAAGGUCGGGCGAUUGCGUGAGGACAAUCCAAACGUUUGCCGUGUGCCCACCGCGCACAAUCUACACGGACCGCAACGAUCGAUGCUACUGUGAGGUGGACCUUAUGUGUCCUCAAGGUUACGAACGCACCGGGGCGGACUGUACCUUCCGAUCCGCGGGGUACACUCCAUUCGUGAACUUCCUUAAUCCAUGCUACGGUGCCUUUUGCGCCAACCUGUACUGUCUCAGUCAAUGUCUUGCUCCACCGUGUCCUUUUGAACCGUGUGCUGAUCACCUGGGACCUUCGCCUGUUUCCUCUCUGCCACGUCCUCCUGCAUAUGGUCCGGCGAGCUGUCUAACGGGCGGUCAACAGGAUUGUCCCCCGCAGGAGGUGAUAGGGCUUGUGUGUCCUCCCGGUUACGAGCGGGUCAAUAGUUCCUGCUUCGCUUACUACGAUAAGCGCUGUCCGGAAGGGUACGAGGCGAUCGGUGGAAGCUCAGGAGUGGGCUGUUCCAGAGACGUCAUCCUCCAUCCCAUCUGUCCACCCGGAUACACCCGUGAUGGAGAAAGCUGCUUCCAGGCGUCCUGCCCUAACGGGUUCAAACUGCAGGGAACGACAUGUGAGAAGCGGGAGCUCCGAUCGCCGAAACCUUGCCCACCAGGUUCGGAUCUGUUCAAGGGUGCCUGUUACCGGAGAUCUCUCUGCCGAAACGGAACCAUCGAUGGGUCGUAUUGUGUGGAGCGUGAGUUCACCCGUCCCACCUGCCCGGAAGGAUUCGUUCAGCGUUCGGAGGACUGCGCGAUCGAGGGUUCUUGUAGCGCCGAUUCGAUCUACAUCGAUGGCGCAUGUGUCCGCUUUACCGAACCAGCGACCUGCCCUGGUGGGACGUACCGGUUGGGCCGGCUUUGUGUCUAUCCCGAUCCUCCCGAGUGCGACGACACACCGUUUGUUGCCACCGACUGUACCUCGGAGGUUGACGCUCGUGGACGCUGUUGGCGCAGCACGAUCCCAGUGUGUUCCAAGGGCUAUCAACUGUUGGACGAUCGUUGCGUUAGCUGCCAGACGGAGCAACCGAAUUGCCCGCCUCACAUGACCAUCCAGAGAAGAGAAGUCUGCGUGGCGGAUCGAGUGGUUUGCGGUGAGGGUUACUUCCUGCGUGCCGGCCAAUGCGUGAAGCUGCACGUCGCAAGACCUCGUUGUCCCUCGGAAGAAUACGGUCUAUGUGGAGGCUUCUGUAUCGUAUCGCACACGCACGAGUGCAAGGAGUCGGAGUACGCGGCACCGGUGUGCGCGAAAGGUUUUCAGCUUCAGGGUAAGUGUGUCCAGCUUGGCCGAUGCGAUGCAGAAUACACGCUUGUACAUGGGGAAUGUUAUCUGCGAACCUUUGCUGAUCCAUCGUGCCAUGGAAAGGGCACCCGGGUGGGUUCUUUGUGCGUCGGUGGAACACCCCAGUGUCCGUCAAACUACGCCCUCAUGGGUGGACAAUGUUACAGCGGUCUGAUAGAGAACGCACACUGCGCCAGUGGUGCCACGUGCUCGGAGAGCUUCUGCCAGCUAGAAGCACCACGGUGUACCACUUCCGGAGCGAUCUUCGAUGGGCAAGUAUGCCGACAGCUGACCUCCAAUAAGCCUUCAUGCCCCGCUGGUACCAGCCCGGAUCGGUACGACACAAACUUCUGUCAACUGAAGACCGAGAAAGCCAUCUACAACUGCCCCGAGGAAUACCACUACCACAACGGCGUCUGUCUGAAGAAACUCUACAAAACCCCGGCAUGUCCAGAAGGCUAUAAACUACGGCACGGAGUUUGCUACAAACGUGUCUGCACACGGAUGUCCUCGGGUUCCAGCUGUACCGAUGGUUUGCCGAUGCAUCCCGCUAUCACCUGCACGCAAUGUCUCAAUGGAACCACAAGCUCCAUGCCAAGUAAUGAUGACACGGCAGCUACGCAAGGUACGGUCGAUCUGUGCUGUUCGGUGUUCUCGCCAAGAAUUUGCCAGGCAUCGGGUGUUUGCCACCACGAGCGUGAAACCAUCUGCGGGUCGUUCUGUUUCACGGAGGAUGACAAUAUCUAUCUCACCGUGGCGCACUCAAUACAGAUCGGAUCAAGAUGGUACUUGGCCCCACGGCGGGUCAUUGAUGAUGAGGACGACGAAGGAUCAGGUGAUACUGGCAAUAAUAUUGAUAUUCAUGUGAUCUACAAUACACCUUCUAACAGAAAUAGUUUGGAAUGCUCACGUUGCAUUGUUCAGCCAGAUAAUUGUCCGAAGCAUUGCAACACUUACGAUUGCCAAGCGGCGGAAGAGGAAUGCAAUUUUACCGAUGCAUCCACGUUCUGUGCACAGUAUCGAGGAGGAAAAAUAUGCGAAAAUAUGCGUCUAGGGUAG